GCACGUUCUCGACGUUCUAUUUCUUCUCUCAGCUGAUUGUGACGUAAUGUGCAAAACAGCAAGGCUAACUGGGCCGGAGAACCGCAAGUUGUGACACCCCGCGGAGUGUGUCGAGCAGGAGAAGGCUCUCCGCCGUGGCUAGGGAACGGUGGAAAGACACGCCGGGAAGAGACUGUCCCAGAAACGCGGCUAUCUCUGUCAACAGCCGCCUCGUCUUCUGUCAGGCUCGCGAGGAGAGGUGUGGAGAGGAGUGACAGGAGGCGACAUGGUGGAUUACUACAACACCUUGGGAGUAUCCAAAACAGCAUCCCAGGAUGACAUCAAGAAGGCCUACAGGAAACUGGCACUUAAAUGGCAUCCUGACAAAAAUCCAGACAACAAAGAGGAAGCAGAAAAGAAGUUUAAAGAAGUUGCCGAGGCUUAUGAGGUUCUCUCUGACCAGACUAAACGGGAUGCCUAUGACAGAUAUGGAAGUGAUGGAAUGAGACGCUCAGGCUCUUCCAACUCAGACUUCUCUUCAGAUUUCCCAGGAUUCACCUUCACAUUCCGUAGCCCAGAUGAGGUUUUCAAGGAGUUUUUUGGUGGCCAGGAUCCCUUCUCCAGCUUCUUUGAUGACUUCUCAUCAUUCGGGAGUUCGUCCUCCCGCCUGGGGCCGAGCCGGUUUUUCUCGUUCCCUUCAGCUGGAGCUGAAUUUACAUCUUUUUCAUCAAUGAGUGGUUUUCAUGAUAUGGGCAGUAUGGGAGGAGGUAAUUUCAAAUCUGUGUCUACUUCCACCCGUGUCAUAAAUGGCAAACGCACAACCACCAAGAAGAUUAAAGAGAACGGGCAGGAAAGAACGGAGAUCGAGGAAGAUGGCGUGUUAAAGACUGUGCUAAUUAAUGGCGUGCAUGAUGAAAUGGCUCUUGCACUGGAGCUGAGUCGACGAGAGGGCAAGCCCCAUCAACCACCUCCGAAUCCCUCAAUCCUAAACAGAUCACGUCAUGAAACUGGGAGAACCAGGGCCAGUCCAUAUUCUGCGGGCACAAACCGCUCGUUCAGCGCCGCCCCUUUUUACCACUAUGGGGGGGUUACUGGGAGCGAGCAAGACGAGGACGAUGAAGAUCUCCAGAUGGCGUUGGCGUGCAGCUUGUCAGAAAUGGAAGCCCAGCAGAAAGCAGCUGCUCCCGACUUAAUAUCAGACUCAGACUUUGAGGCCUUCACCAGCUAACCCGAUUGCCUCUCGCUGUGCUGUGACCACGCCCCCACCUUUCGGUCAAAGUUCAAUAUCACCUGAUGCACUUGUCUCUGCCCAACAUGGCUUCUACGUGAUGAAUGACUCUUACACUGCUUUUGUAUGUGUGAAUGUGAAUGAGCAUAUCCCAGACUGGGUGGAAACAACUGGAAAAUGUCUCUAGUGAUCUCUGAAAGAAUACAUUUUGUUUGUGCUGAGUUGUAACUCAUUAUUAGAAGAAGAAUAGUGUUACAGGGUAAAAUGGUCACCGAGAGAACAAUUAUCCCAUCAAUCUAAAAUGGAUACUUAAGGCAGAAACAAAAAUUGUUUUAACAUAUCAUAAGCUAUUGUGUAAAGCAAGGAAAUAAAGCAGUUUCUU